ACUGUGAUAUUUCAAAUCGAAGGUCAUAGUGCGUUGCUUUCGAUGUCACGUCUAUUUACCCUUUUCCCCGUGUUGAUAUCUUGUGUGCGCCAUAGCAGAAGACCUCGAUUUAUUCGUCCAUAUCUGAAAGACUUGUAUGGUAGAAGACUUGCUCAAGGUCCAGAGAUUUAUCGACCCAGGAAAGAUUGGUUAUGCUGGAACCGUGACUCGGAAUUAUGUGCGUUUUUGUCGAGAAUUGGUGAGAAUUUAGAGAAAGACCUUAUUGAGGUCGUUCUGACAGAUCGAUCAUAUUCCUCGUUUUGGUCUUUAAAAACGGCCGAUUCAGACAGAAAAAUAACGCAAGACAACUCGGAACUCGCUGCUCUAGGAUUUUCUGUUUCGGAAAAUUUUUUAUAUGUCUUCUUGCGAUCAGUGUAUCCUCGAUUCCCUGAAGAGUGGAUUAUGACUAUCGUUCAGUAUUUGAAGUCACCUUCUGAGCUUGCUUUUAUAGCCGCUCAUUUAGGAAUUAAAGAUAUAGUAUUGUACAGUGAUCAAGUAGAUUAUUCAAGCAAUAAAAUUAUAUCAGCCCCACCGAAUCUGGAUGUUUUGACUCACGCACUUAUGGCUUUAGUCGGUGCUUUAGCAAAAGACAAGAUGGAGAGAGCACAUUUGUUUAUUCGGGAUUUCAUACUAGCAAGGCUUCCUGAUAUAGAUUUAACUGAACUGAUUUCAAUUCCUAAUCCAUUACCCCUUCUACAGGGUAUACUUCAAUCUGAAGGACGUGGCCCACCUGAAACCAGGUAAGUGGUAUGUAUUAGUUUGAAAUAAUGUUUUUCUAAAGUUUGCCCCCUUCAUCUUUAACUGUUGUGGGGAAGAAGAUAACACAAAAAUACAUUCGGAAUUCCUUUGUUUAUUUAUUUAUUUCAACACAUAGAUAAUGGUAUAAAGAGGCACCAAAUACAUAUGCGCCACACAAAUCUCAUUCGAUAUGUGUGAGGGCUGUGAUACUGCCCGGGUGCCCAAACCGAAGCAGGUGGUUUUCUUAGGGGGCCACACCCCGAGCCUUCGACCUAAAGGUCUGAUCCACAAGGCAGUGGAGCAUCGUAAGGAGAUGCAGUCCCAUGGAAGCCGGUGACCAACAAUUGGUUCAUUCGCCAUUUGUUCCCGCAGGAUACUGGAGCCCAUGUGCACCAUUGGUUUGGAAUCCGGUUAAAGCGCCGGACAUUCGCUUUUCGUCCUCUCAUUUUCGUAAACAACACCUCCGCCACGAGAAGGCAGUGAGUAGGUCUUCCCUGGCAGAGGCUAUAUACGCGUGGCCGUGUGAGAGUAUUUCGAGAGGGAGAGCGGACUCUCCCCACUCUCGGCCGUACCAGGGCAUUUGUUAAUCAAUAAAAAUCAACAUAGGACUUGACAUUAAUAUUUAAUAACUUAAGUUGUUACAUCAUAUCAACACUGUGAAAUUAAAUUUACAAAAUGUAAAUGGCUAAUUGAGUAGUCAAAACGAUAUAAUCGUGUAAAUGGUAGUCUGAAAGAUUAAACAUCGAAAACGUUGUUCAGAAAUGAAGGAAUGAAAUAAAGAGAGAGAAAAGUGCAGAAUACUAGCGAUUCCCAAGGUUUAGCAAAAAGUAAUCUAAAGAACCAAAUAUAUCUAGAGCAUUGUGACUAAUUUUUAGUUGGAUUAACUGAACUCUAUUUUAUUCGUACAUAUUUGUGAUGACAGUUUGUGUGCUCAGGGAAAGGCUUUUGGAAUUACCUAGUUGUUUAGACUGGAUUAUUUGAUAGUAAAGCAUUUAUUAAUGAUAUAUAGAGAGACAAAAAAGACUACCAUUAAACUAUCCACUUCAUAGAACACAAGGCUUCUAGUAAUUUCGCUCUCAUCCUAAUUUGUCUAAUCUAAAAUGAUAAAUUAUUUACUUUGAAAUGUAAUUCAAACAAGUUUGAAAAAAAUACUCAGAGCCUCGCUACGUAAUUUUCUUUCUUGGAAAAUUUUUGUUGAUUAGUCACAAUCUCACCUCUUGGAAUAGAAAAGUCCAAUUUUGUGUGAAAAUAACUCACUUUACAAUAUAGAAGCACACUGAAGUUAUUGGUUGAACAUAGUUUUAAAUCAUGACAUACUUCUAAUCGUAUGUAGACACAAUACUAAUAUAUAAUAACUUUGUGUAUAUGAAUGUUAUAGAUAAUCUAUUUGGUCACUUCUCCUUACAGAUUAAUUUAUCAGUCAAGUAUGAAUACUGUGCUAGCCUGUUUUGAAGUUGGUAUAUAUAGUGAUUGUCAACUUAUUGGAGAAGGUAAACAGCAUAUUCUUAACAUUUAACACAUACAGGAUGUUAAGAUUUUUAUGAUGGAUUUAUGUAACCUAAAUGAUGUGCAACUGAAUAUCUGUUCUACAUUUAUACUGGUAAAUGGUUGUUCAAGAUAUAACUCAUACUGUAAUAGCCAACAAAACAUCAAGAAUUCCGCCUGUACUUAUUGUUUGGGAUUUUGAGUUUUCGUAAGACUGUGGGAAAGUCAUGAAUCGGCUGUUAAACUAUACUCAUGGAAACCGCAGCAUGUCCAUUCACCGAUUUAUUUGUUGAUUUACUUAUGUGGCUACAAUUAAAGAAAUUAUAUUUAGACCUGGUUAUCAGUUCUUGUAAAAGUCAGGUUAGCACCAAAUCAUGGCAGAACAUACACCUUGACAACUCGAACGGAUAACCAAGUUAAACAACGAGAUUUACAAAAAUGUUGGCAGUUAUCUACCAUUACUAUCAUAAGAUUUGCGGUUUAUCUACAAACUAGACACUAUUCUAGAUAUACAAGAAGUUUUAGGCAACAAAUUCGAUGACAGAUUGUGUACCUACAUUUAAUUAGAUGUGGUACACAUGAUGUUAAUGGUAUUAAUGCUGGUUAAGGAAGAUAUCAGAGGUUAAACCAAGUUGUUGUAAUGUUAAUUUUAUAAACUUUACCGAUAUUUUGUGAUCUGCUAAUAAAUGCACAUUGUUCAAGGGUAACGAGGAAGUAGUAAAAUAAUGAAUUAAUAGUUAAGAAUCAUUGAUUGUUUAAUCAAUAGGUCCCAAAUAUGAACCCUGUUCUGUUUCUUCAGAUUUUGGCAACUGAAAUUGUACCGUCACUAGUUCUAACGAACAGGCUGCCUCAAAGUCGUUUUUACAUCACGAAUAACUUAUACUGACCACAUAAUUGUGGGUGAGCAACACCUGAAUAUAUAUUGCUAAAAUCAAUUGUAAAUUUUAUGGUGUAUGAUUUGUUCGUAUUCUGUAACUUGAGAUAAAUAACAAUCGAGUCGGCUAUUUUUUAUACGUAUGUAAUGUUAUUGGCAUAUUGUUAAGAUUGAUGUUUGUAGUGAUUAUGAAAAGUAGCCCAUGAAAUUUAUUAUCAAUUAAACCAAGUGGAUUUUAAAAAAUCUCACUUUUAUGUACACAACUAGAGAAAAGCAAAUACUCUGAAUUUCUAAAUCAGUAACAAGUUUAUACCUCGGCCUGUUUUAUAAUAAUUUGUCUAUUUUUGUUUCAAUCACUUAAGCUCCUGGUGAAACGAUAUUAAUUGCAGAAGAGGAAGCAUUACGACAAUCAAUAAGGAAUUUCUUCAAACUAACGGAUAAUCGUCCAUCUAUUCCAUUGCAUGGAAACUUAGACUUUUUGGACUUUGAAAAGUUUUCUGUACCAAAUAUUUCGCUUAAUUACUAUUUAGAAUUAGCAGUUGAUCAUGUUUAACCAGACAAAAAAAUCCCCUUUGAGGAUUGUAUACUUGUACAUAUAUAAUAGUUCUUUUUGUAAUGAAUGCAUCAAUAUACUGCUUAUUAAUCUGAA